AGCGGCCGCACGCGGCCGGCACUCAACUGCGAGCCGUCGCGACGUAUACUUCCCUCGUAAGGCGUAUAUUGGAUACACUGUUUAUUCAUUUCGAAGUACCCACAUACUCUAAUACCAUGAAGGCUCUGAUCAUCCUGCUGGCUUUGGCCUCGUUCACCGCCGCCAUGGUGCCCCGAAAUCGGAGGGCGAUAAACGUCGAGGAAGAGAAUAAGAUGAAAAUUUGCGCGCCGAGCACCCCUUGUGCCUGGUCCAUUUACCAACCCGGCAAUAAAGAUGUCCAAUUCUACUUAGUACCGAAUACUUAUUGCAAUUGUGACGUAGGAGAAUCAUGUCAAAUGAGUCAAGACGGUGCGACGACAAAUGAGCUUAUUCACCGCUGCAAACGGCUAGGUGCACCGGACAGCUAGCGCGCCACCGCGGCAUCCAAGUGCUUUCUAUGAGUGACACUGCUUUUUAUCAAUAAAAGACCGUUGUUUCAUCCGAGGAAUUAACGGUUUUCACCAUCUGCCUCUGCCGAGCAAUAAUAUUGUAACAAUUUUGACACUAUUAUUUUAUAUAAUUGAUUUAUUCUGACUUCAUAAUAUAAGGACCUGUGAUUUGUAAUUGGAACAUAAAUUAUAAUUUAAAUUCUAACCAAUUUAUUGUAUAUUACAAAUCACUGAUCAGUGAUGUAAUAUGUUCUGUCAUUUAAAAGAAUGUCAUUAGAAUCAAACAAUUCUUUACACAAUUGUAUCAUUACAUAGAUCUUUAAAAGUUAAGUACAUGUUUCUAAAUAGGUUUAGUUAAAUUAAAAAUAUAAAUGUUAAUUUUAAGUCGUAAAAAAUGUCAUACUACCUCCUCUUUAAAAACCACGAAGUAGGUACAAAAUAUUGUAGUCACAUGAGCGAAGCCGUGGUCGAAAAGUUAGUACUAUGACAUUAUAGUGUUUAUGAGUUAUAUAUGGUGUAACAAGCUAACACGACUAUUUUUUUAUAUCUAUAUACUUAAUAAUAUCUUUCAUCAUUUUGAUCAUUGAUAAAUGAUUAGUUAUUAAUAAUAUUUUAAUAUUGACAUAGGUUUUUAGGUACCUAUUCAUUUUAUUCCGCCUUGAUCCUUGAUUCGGUGUUUUAUUUUAUGUAAUCUUCAAUAUAAAAAUAUGCUUUCAAUGAAUGACACACGUUAGAUGUUUCUAAUUGAGUGCUUCUCGUAUGUAACAUGUAAAAUACAGUAAGUACCCAUACUUCUUAGACCACGCAUACUACUCCAUCUCUGAUUAUUUUGUUUACUUGCAAAGGAAGCAUUCCAAAAAUACAAUAGAUUCUUAUAAUAAUUGGUUAAGAGCCAAAAUAAGUGUU